AUGACGUCUCGUAACUCUGAUAUCAUAGCUUCUCUGAGACAACCUCUUUUACACCCACAUAUCCUCCUCCUCCUCUACUACAUCAUCAUCAUCGCCAUCCUCUCCGUGAUGCCUCGAGUUAAACAAACCCAAGCAUCAAUACGCUUCCACUCCUUCUCAAACACCCUCCUCGCCUACUUCGUCCCCAUCUGGUCCCUCCUCAACCUCGCCCUCGCCCUCCUCUCCACCGCCGCCUGGGUCGCCGCCCGCUCCCGCAUCCUCGCCGGCCCCUGCAAAGACUCAUCCUACGGCCAGAGCGGCGGCUGCGACUUCACCCGCUGGGGCCUCUACUUCUUCGUCUCCGCCAGCGCCAGCAUCAGCACCUUCGCCGCCAUCUUCAUGGCCUUCACUUCCAUCCUACGGCCCAGGCCUUCCGCCCUCGACCCCAUCUGGGUCUUCCGCGGCGUCUUCUUCACCCUCAUCCCCCUCAUGACAAUCACCUGGAUCGGAUGGAGCACCCCCGACAAGCCCACUGGGAUCCUCAAGUUCCCUCGCGAGCUCGAGGAGCAGGCCACGCCGCACGCGUUCCAGAAGCCGAUGAGAGGCAUCGGCGGUGGCUUCAUUUUGGAGGUCAUGGACCCGUGGAGGGAGACAAUGCCUGCCUUUAUACUGCUUCACAUCAACUUGUAA